AUGUUACAUUAUAUUUCUUUUCAGAACACUUGGUUCUGUCAGAGUAUAAGAAGGGGAGGAUUAACAAAGAGCAAAUGCAAGCCUCACAUCAAAAUCUGACUGAGCUUCUCCACUCAUCAGCACCAUCACACUCGUCUGUAUUAUCGGCCUCUGGAUAUGGAAGGCAUUCGAUUUGAUUUCCUUGUCUCUUUUUGACAAAAGAAACUUCAGUGGAAGUUCUCCAGUACACAGACUCUGGGACAAGUUGUAACCAACCUGACCACACAAGCAGGGAGAAAUCAGCUGAUGCUAGGUUGCUUUAAUUGUUUGUGUUGCCUGGAGGUGCUCAAAGAACACGAAUGCCAUGGAGAGUCCAUGGAAGUGCCAGGACUGCGGCAAAAGGUUCGGUUGUCAGUCCCGUCUGGAGUACCACCGACGGGGGCAUACCGGGGAGAGGCCAUGGAAGUGCGAGGACUGUGGGAAAGGGUUCAACCAUCGGUACCUGUUGGAGUACCAUCGGCGUGGGCACACUGGGGAGAGGCCUUUCAGCUGCGCUGUGUGCGGGAAGGCUUUCGCUCAGGCAGCCAACCUGAUGUUGCACCAGCGGAUCCACACAGGAGAGCGACCAUUCAGCUGCAGCACCUGCGGAAAGAGGUUCAGUUGCUCAGCCAAUCUCAUUGGUCACCAGCGGAUUCACAGUACGGAGAGGCCGUUCACAUGUUCCCUCUGUGGGAAGGGAUUCACUGGAUCCUCUGACCUCCUAAAACACCAGCAGACACACACGGAUGAGCGUCCCUUCAGGUGUCCCACCUGUGAGAAGCGCUUCCGGAGGGCAUCCACUCUUGCCACCCACCAGAGGAUUCACACCGGGGAGAGGCCUUAUGCCUGCCCUGAUUGUGGGAAGGGUUUCACUGGGGCAUCUGGCCUCCAGUCACAUCGGCGGAUUCACAGCAAGGAGAAGCCAUUUGGUUGCUUGUCGUGUGGGAAGAACUUCAGGCAGUCGUCCGCCCUUAAUGCACACCAACGUGUUCACACUGGGGAGAGGCCAUUCACCUGCUCUGUCUGUGGGAAGGGGUUCACCCAUUCUUCUGGCCUCCAAUCACACCAGCGAAUUCACACCCAGGAGAAGCCGUUUGGCUGCACAUCUUGCGGAAAGAGUUUCAGGCAUUCAACAGCCCUCAGUGCGCACCAACGUGUUCAUACUGGGGAGAGGCCAUUCAUUUGCUCUGUCUGCGGGAAAGGAUUCACUCAUUCAUCAAACCUGCUGUCACACCAACGAAUUCACACCCAGGAGAAGCCAUUUAGCUGCACUUACUGUGGGAAAUGUUUCAGACAGUCAUCCACCCUCACUGCACACCAGCGUACUCAUACUGGGGAGAGACCUUUCACCUGUCCUGUGUGUGGGAAGCGAUUUACACAGUCUGCCAACCUGCUGAUGCAUCAGCGGACUCACACUGGAGAGAGGCCAUUUACCUGCUCCGUGUGCAAGAAGGGCUUCACUCAGGCUUGCAGCCUGCUCUUACACCAACGUACUCAUGAUGUGAAAGAUGCCUCAGCUGUUCGGAGGACGGGAGGGAGAUCAUCCAGUCCUCAGUUAUUGAGGAACGUGAAACAAAACCACUUGGCUCCUGACUCUUCAAAGCCUGUCCACCAUCUAGCAGGCACAACUCAGGAGUGUGAAGGAACACUCCCUACUCACCUGGAUAAGUGUGGCUCCAACAACACUCCAGAAGCUUGAUAUGAACCAGGGCAAAGCAGCCUGCUUGACUGACAAGUCAUUCAAAAGCAUUCAGCCCCUCCACCAUUGAUGCUCAGUAGCAGCAGUGUGGAUCAUCUACAAGGAGCACUGCAGGAAUUCGCCAAGGCUCCUGAGACAAACUCCUGACCACUAUCAUCUGGACAGACAAGGGCAGCAGAUAACAUGAGAACACGUGCGACCUGCAAGUUCUCCUCGAACCACUCACCAUCUUGACUUGGAAAUGUAUCAUUGUUCUUUGAGUGUUGCUCAUCAAAAUCUUGGUACUCCCUCUCUGACAGUGUUUUGGACAGCAGUAGUUCAAGAAGGCAACUCACAACACCUUCUCCAAGGCAGUUAGAGAUGGGCAUCACUGACUGGGCCAAACUUUAUAGCCCAUGUCCCAUAAACAAAUAAAAAGAAAUGGGCAUAUUGUUUCAGGCAGAAUCUGUGACAAAGACUGGUUUGAGACCUAUUCAGCAGAGAUGACACCUGCCAUUGAAGCAAAUAGACCAGUCCACACAAUGUCCAAUGUAAAUGCAUCAGCUAUAAUAUUGCAUCAAUUUGAAGUUACAGGCAAUUGUGGGGGAUAUCCUGAAUACAAAGACCAGCUCAACCUUUGUCAAAAAAUACCAACUGCCACAUGAUGAUGUGCUUCUGCUUCUAUCCCAGAUACUACCUUUCAAGACAAAACGUUUAGGUAGGGGAGAUAUGGGUGUUGUCUCCAAACUGUCGUUGCAAGCGUCUUUGUGUCUAAUUAUAAUAUCCAACAGAACAGUAAAAUUGUUCCAGGGCUCAUGGAUAAGAUAGAGUUGUAAUGAAUUGGUCGUCCCACUUAUAUUAAAAGACAAAGAAAGUUUCAUUACAAAAGGCAACUGGAACCAUUCACUCAUAGUUCAGUGGAAUAAACCAAUCUGGUAUCCCUGUGCAUUUCAAUGAAAGGAGAGUAGAUGAGGAAGUGGCCAUCUCUUACAGAUGUAUGUAUCUAUGCUAUUGAACAUCGAAAGAAAACAGCAUUUGACUCUCUGGUUGCUGGCUGAGACAUCAGAAUCAUGUAGGAUAGGGAGAGAUCAUUGUACAGACAAUUUAAUAUUGUCUCAUUUAACAUUUUAAAUUCCUGCAGUGAAGUGCUGUGUAUUAGUAAUAAAUGUCACAUCAGCAAGGCCAAGAAAACACAGGCUGACUUGGGAGGAGCCUUUAGGAUUUCUCUUCAGAAUGUUGACAGUUUGGAACUUUAUCUUUUGCUAUAUUUCAAUGAACCAUGAAUUUUCCUGUUUCUACAACUAGUUCUGAAUUCCUUUCAAGGAAUAUCUGUAUUAUCCUGCUGUUUAUUUUGGGCCUACUGAAAUCAAUCUGGUACUAUUAUACACUAGAACAUAACUGUUUAUAAAGAAUUCAAGUCCAUACUUUUUAG